GCGCUCCGGGGACUUGUUGCGGGUCGCGCGCUCCGGGGACUUGUUGCGGGUCGCGCGCUCCGGGGACUUGUUGCGGGUCGCGCGCUCCGGGGCGGAAUUGCAAGCACAAUGCAGAAGCCGGCGCUCCAGACCGUUCAGCAUGUUACACUCAGCCUCACGCUGCCCAUCUCAUGCCAGAUCUGUCUGGGGAAGGUUCGCCACCCGGUUAUCUGUUCAAACAACCAUGUCUUCUGCUUCACGUGCAUGGAAUCCUGGCUGAAAAACAGUGCCCAGUGUCCAACCUGUAGGAUUCCGAUCACAUCUGAAAAUCCUUACAAGGAAGUGUUGGGUGGAUCAGAUGGAGCAGAAGAUUGUGACAGUUCAUCAGUCAAGCGAUCCCUUCGAAAAACCAGGCUUGAACUGUUACAUAAAGAAUAUGAGGAAGAAAUUGAGUCCUUGCAGAGAGAAAUUGAAGACCUUCGUGGCAAAAAUCUGAGCCUGGAGUCGCAGCUAAAGAGUGUCCUAGAUCCAGUGGUGCUGCCACCUGGUAGUAAAGAUGACGGUGGAAAGCAGAGCCCAAUUGAGCAGGGCAGUGCAUCUGGCUUAACCAGUCAACGGGAAUGGAGGGCCAAGCUCAAAGCUGCCACUGAGAUCUAUGAGAAAACAAAAGUGGAUUUAGAUAAACUCAAGGAAGCAAACCGAAAACUUCGUAUUCAAAAUGGUGAUCUUGUUAGAGAGAAUUUGCAUCUGAAGGCUGAAGUGGAGAAUAGAUCUCCACAAAAAUUUGGAAGGUUCACAGUAGCUGCCCUUCAGUCCAAAGUGGAACAAUGUGAACGCGAGAUAAGUCGUCUGAAGAGGGCUUUGGAUCGGAGUGACAAGUACAUCGAGGAUAUGGAGUUACAGAUUGAGCAACUGCAGGGAAAGUAUGAGCAAAGUGAAAACAAAGGUGGGGGAGAUUGUUCAACGUCACCCUCUGCUUCUGUACAGGCCAGAGGAAAUGGAAGCGGCAGCAAGCUAUGGAACUGUCACAGUGACCCCCAGGAAAAGACGAUUAUUGCCUUGAGGAGAAGCCUCAGUGCAAUGGAGCAGUCGUCCGUCAACCAGUUAGAUAGAGUGGAAUCGCCUUUUGCCCCAUCGUGCCACCAAAGUGCAAGUGGGACCGUGUGCGAGUCAGUUCCAAAGAAACAAGUCCCUGCUGACAAUGGACUUUUAGCUACAGCCACGGUGGAGAAUGUUUUGCGUUGUCUGAGGUCUGGCGCAAAGGAUGAGGAACGCACCUUACCAGCGAGUGAGAGCGAGGUCCAAUUUGAACUUCCUAGCCCCUGUACACCGUCCACGUCACUUGGUGGCCUCUACCUUGACAGCACGGACGAUGAAGCCAGUCCCCUGAUGAAAAGGAGAGAUGGAGGCAAAAACUUGAGCUACCUGAGAAGACUUUGUUUUGAUGAUGCUCGCUGGAGAAAUGCCAGUUUUGAGGAUCAGGUUUUGUUAAAGCAGAAUGUUGAUGGCAAUCGUGUGCAGAAUGCUGACCUUGCCUCUGAAAGCUUGAUGUUUUGGGAUUGUCAAUCUGGUCCUACUGAAAGUGCCCAUAAAGGCACUUUAAGAAAAAACUUGCAGACUUCUGCAUACGAUGACCCCAAAUUGAAGGCCAAAAUGCCUGAUCUAAUAUGUAGUCCAGUUACUGAUGUUCCUUGCCUUGCCGAGUGCAACAGUCAACGUUCCAGAACCUCCAGUGAGACCUCAAUGGAUGCAGCCUAUCGGGAAAAGAUAUCGGAACUGGAUUUCAUGUUGGAUGAAACUGAGAAUACUCAAAAUCCUCAGUGCUCUGUGCCAUCCCAAGACCUCUCUGACUUAGACGUGUCCUUGUCAUCAGAUUUAGUGCAGUGCACUGAACUUUUGAAUGAAGCUGAGAAAAGAUUAGAGCAGAAAAUGAGGCAAAAUCAGCUGCUUGCCGCUGUCUCUGAUACCAGAGAUCAGAUAAAAAGCAGGGAGCGAAGUGCAGUUUCAUUGCCCGCAGUGUCUCCAGUUGCCUCCAAUCUAAAGGAAGAAUGUUUGUCUUCAGAAGAGAAAUCCUCUUUCCAGUGUAGUUUUAGUUCCCCUUUUCUUUCGGUACCUUCGGAGUUAUCUGUCCUCCAGCACAAGAAACCAUCUUUGUGGAACAACUGUUUAAUGGCUGAAAGUGAACAGUUGCCAGAACCAGCCAACAGAUACCAGACCACCAAGAGGAAGCCACCAAAUUAUGGCGAGGACUUAUCCAGUCCAUCCAAAUCUUCAAAGAAAGAUUUUCUACGUUGAAACCAUGACUGCAUUCAAGUUUUCUUUUCCCCCCCUGUGGAAUCUUGAGUCCAUCUGAUUUUCGUAGUCUGUGUCUUUUCUCCCCACCCCCAACCGUCUCUUGUUAUCAUGAGAUGGGUUAUCUGAGACCACCCCGGUGGGUACGUUUCCUGCUUUUCCAAUCCAGCAGCCGACAACAAUCCUCUCAUUAAGUGGGUAGAAAGCCAUGGUCUAAGAAGUCAAUAAGCAGAAUGCCAGGUCUGGUACGUCAAAUGCAACUGCAGUGCUCUUUUUGUGUUGUAGAUAAAUCAUUAGGAGGCUGGAAAGCUACCAUGACCACUUCAAAUUGACAAUUAAAAGUAAGCCAGUGAACUACUUUUGAAUGUAAUACCCAGCUGAGUUUGCUCUAAGCUAAUGUGUUGAAAGUUUGGUGCUUAAUUCACAUAUCUUGCAAUGUGCUUCUGAAAUUCCUUUCCUUAAAGUAUUAGUGCUAAAAGGAGAUAGUCCAUUGUUAUAAAUAGGCCCAUUCCCCUUAUAAUGCAGUUUUGAACUUAAUGGUGAAUGAACUGUGAAUUAAGGAUAGUUAGCAAUUUGUCAACCAUUCAAAAGAACUUAUUGGAAAAGGAUACUUGUCAGAAUGAUACACUCCUUUUGAGACUUUUUUUUACAUUUGUCAGUCAACUGAGCUUAAAAAAUUAUUGAUGAAAGUUACGGACCUCCGCAAAAGCACCCUUGGUUUAGGAAGCAGCAUGAAUGAUACACAAAUGGGCAAAUUCUGUACAAGAGAUUCUGGAACCUUAGAAUUUCUUUAAAGUAGAUUCCCUGGGUACAGAAAUGUACAAAAUGUGGUCUUCUGUAAAAUCCUAUUUCCCUCCAAAUGGAAUCAAUGAAUAUGUUGCAAAGUCUGGGUUUUUCUUACACUGAUCAUUUAAAAUGUUGUGUAAAAAUAUUAAAAAAAAAUUGUCUUUGCUUAAAUAUUGAAUCAAUGAAAAUGCAUUUGUUUUAUAUUCUUUACUUAUCUGCAAGAGCAGAUUAAAAAGUGAGGAAGAAAUUCAGUUUCAACUCUAAGAUGUUCAUGCAAUAAAGAUCUUUUCAAAAAUCUUAGCUGCUAUUUUUUUAAGUUGGAUUUCCUCCAACUUUUUCCAUUUCUUUUCAAGGCAUAUUUCAUAAACAUGCCUGCAUCUGUCAACUGACCUUGGGAUCCUUUUGUACUCUGUGCAAGAAUACAUUGCCGUGCUAGCAGUUAGUUACAGGUCUGUACAGUGGACAUUACUGGUGUCUACAAUGUUCCCUGACAUUCAAAAGACUACUUUCUGAUAUGAUCACACAGAAACAAAGAUUUUCCUACAAGUAAGAUAAUAGCAGAAAGACACAUUGAGGUACAAAUACUGGAAACUGUAGAAUGAAUCUAUAAGAAUUUUAAUGCAUUUUGCAGAGUUCAAUUACCUGUAGUGAAUUUGCAAAAACUUCCUUUCAUAGGCUUUCCAAUAUUAG